AUGUAUGUGAAAUGGUUUGAUACAGUAAUGUUUUACUAUGUGAAUUUAGUGAAUGUCACUUUUUGUCAGUUUCAAAUUUCCUGCUGUUUCGUCCCCAUACUCCCCGACGCUCGCAGGGGACGGAACCCAGAUGACAGAUACAGGCAGCCGCCGAGGACAAUACAGGGGGACACUGCAGGAGGGACAAUCGCGGAGCGCAGGACAAGGUAAGAGAAGAACAGAUCCCGGAGUAGAACCGCAUAGUAAGCACAGUGUAGCUCGGGGUUACCGCUUGGUGCUACACUCGGGAAUACCGCCAGGGAGGUUA